AUGCCUAUAACCCCCCAAAUUCCCGCACCAACACCACCACCACCACCUACAUCCCCCCACCUCAGCGCCAACUUCAACCGAAACCACACCGUCGACUACGACCACGAGGUCUACCUCGAACUCAUCACCAACAAAAGCGCGAAUCCCAAUUCUAGCGACAAAGAUCAUGCGACGGUGUCGAAGACCCCGAAUCAGAUUUAUCGGGAGAAUCUCGUGCGGAGGCAAACGACCCGUGCGUUAGAUCUAGCGGUGUUGGAUCCGGUGGGGCAUCAGGAUCCGAGUCCCGUGGAUUUGGAGUGGGCGGAGAGGGAGAGGGUUAGGGAGAGGGUUGUGGGGAGUUGA